UUGAUGCUUCUGUUCAAUAAUCCUAGUACCUUAUCUACAGGUAUAUAAUAUUAUAUAGAUAUUCCCAUUGCCUCACAUACAAAUACCUCACCAGUGCAUUAUUUACAGACAAAUAUUAUUAUAAAGAGGAUCCCUCUGCCUCACACACACAGCCUCCUUCCAGAAGUUCCAAUAUUAUCCUCGAGUAGCAGCUAGAUCCCUUGCAGCAAAAGGACCGUGAACUCCCAGAAGCCACGUGACUGCAGUGACCUCAUCUGUCCUUUUACCGGACUGGAUCUAGCUAAUACCAGGUGUCGCAUUUAUAGCAUCUGACUCAGUCACUGACAAAGAACAAGAUGAACACAUGCAGGAAGCUGAUGGCAGAGCAGUUCCUGAGUCAGGCCCUGGGCAUCAUCUGCCUGCUGACCGGAGAGGAAUACAUUAUUGUGAAGAAGAGGCCCUCCCACAGCAGCAUACAACAGCUGAGCGGAGAGGUUCCUAUAAAGUGUGAUGAUGUUGCUGUGUAUUUCUCUAUGGAGGAGUGGGAGUAUAUAGAGGGACACAAGGAGCUUUACAAGGACGUCAUGAUGGAGACUCACCAAGCACUAAGGACUAUGGAGAUCCCAGGAAAUGAGAGCUCAGAACUAACAAGUCACAGUGAUGAAAAUCUAGACACAGGAGCACAUAGAGAACUUGUACAGAAUAUUCAGCCAGUGGAGACCCCAUCAGACGUCUCUGCAGAACUAACAGGACACAGAGAUGAAAAUCUAGACACAGGAGCUACUGAACUUGUACAGAUUAUUCAGCCAUCAGAUCUCUCUGCAGAUGUAAACAAUGCUAAAAUUGUAUGUAACACGGAACAAACAGAAGAUCAGUGGCUAAGUAAUAUGACAGAAGCUGCAAAGCAGGAAAUAUGUGACAAUAUAAAUACAGGUGAUAUUAAGACUGAAGUCACUCUUAAUACUGAACAGACUAAUGACCUGGAUGCUUUGAAGCAGGAAAUCCGUGACAAUAUCAGUACAGGUGAAAAAGAUGCUAAGAUUUCAUGUAACACAGAACAAACAGAAGAUCAGUGGCUAAGUAAUAUGCCAGAAUCAGCAGAGCAGGAAAUAUGUGACAAUAUAAAUACAGUUGAAAAAGAUGCUAAGAUUUCAUGUAACACAGAACAAUCAGAAGAUCAGUGGCUAAGUAAUAUGCCAGAAGCGGCAGAGCAGGAAAUAUGUGACAAUAUAAAUACAGGUGAAUUCACAAACCACAAUAAUCCUAGUCAUGAUCAGAGUGCAGAUGCUUCUUUAAAUCUUCAUCAUCAAAGAAGCCAAGUGGGAAAUGUAUGUUCUGAAUGUGGGAAAUAUUUUCUCAAGAAAUCACAUCUUUAUAGACAUCUGAAAGUUCAUAAAGGAGAAAAUCCAUUUUCCUGUUCUAUAUGUGGGACAUGUUUUAACCGUAAAGGGAAUCUUGUUGUUCAUCAGAAAAUUCAUACAGGAGGAAAAAAAAAGUCAUGUUCUGUAUGUGGGAAAUGUUUUACUCGGAAGUCGUAUCUUAUUGUCCAUCAGAAAAUUCAUACAGGGGAGAAAGAAUUUUCAUGUUCUGACUGUGGAAAAUGUUUUACUCAGAAAUCAAAUCUUAUUACGCAUCAGAAAAUUCAUACAGGAGAGAGAGGAUUUUCAUGUUCUGACUGUGGGAAAUGUUUUACUCAGAAAUCAAAUCUUAUUACGCAUCAGAAAAUUCAUACAGGAGAGAAAGCAUUUUCAUGUUCUGACUGUGGGAAAUGUUUUACUCGGAAACCAUAUCUUAUUGAUCAUCAGAAAAGUCAUACAGGAGAGAGAGCAUUUUCAUGUUCUGACUGUGGGAAAUGUUUUACUCAGAAAUCAAAUCUUAUUACGCAUCAGAAAAUUCAUACAGGAGAGAGAGCAUUUUCAUGUUCUGACUGUGGGAAAUGUUUUACUCUAAAAUCAUAUCUCAUUGAUCAUCAGAAAAUUCAUACAGGAGAGAGAGCAUUUUCAUGUUCUGACUGUGGGAAAUGUUUUACUCGGAAAACACAUCUUAUUCGUCAUCAGAAAAUUCAUACAGGAGAGAGACCAUUUUCUUGUUAUGACUGUGGGAAAUGUUUUACUCGGAAAUCAACUCUUAUUACGCAUCAGAAAAUUCAUACUGGAGAGAGAGCAUUUUCAUGUUCUGGCUGUGGGAAAUGUUUUACUCUAAAGUCAAAUCUUACUAAGCAUCAGAAACAUCAUAUUAAAGGAAAUAAGAACAUAACCACUUAAAGGACCUCUCAUUGCAGAAGAAUUGCAUAAUAAACAAGUGCAUAAUAAAAAGACAAUGAUUUAACACCUACUCUGAAUUUCAAAUAAGCAGUUGAUUUUCUUCUGACAAAUUUAUUUUUUCUCCCAUUUUCCGGCACCCUGUAUCAUGUGACAGACAUCAGCCAAUCACAGACUAGUAUGCGUAAACCCUGUGAGCUUGUGCACAUGCUCAGUAGGAUCUUGUUCCCCAGAAAGUGUGAAGAUAAUUUGAUAAUGGAAGUACAUUGUAAAGUGUCUUAAAACUGCAUGCUCUUUCUGAAUCAUAAAAGUAUAUUUCUUUCAUGUAAUUGGCAAGAGUCCAUGAGCUAGUGACGUAUGGGAUAUACUUUCCUACCAGGAGGGGCAAAGUUUCCCAAACCUCAAAAUGCCU